GGGGAUUUUUUUUUUUUUGGUAUAAAUAGAGGCAAAAAAAAUUAUUCAAAUUUCCUUUAAUUAUCAGAAAUCAAAAUGACCAUUCUUCCUAAUAAUACCUCAUGUCUUGUGUCUUCGCGCAAGAGAAAAAGAGAACUACAUGUCAGCUUUUGUACACAACCUGAAAAUAUUGUAUAUACUUGGUCCCAAUCAGACUAUGAUCGAAGUGGAUUGUUUCCAGACAUAAAGAAGCAAGAUCAACAAUUUAUUUUUACACUUUCAAUUAAUUUUGUUCAAAAGCCACAAGAAAUGGAACAACCACUAAUUAAGAAAAAAUCCAAAUUUAAUAACAGCCAACAGCGCCCUAAACUCUCUAUUGACACAAGUAAUUUAAGUGGACCUCUCUACUUUACAGGGAUGACAACGAACCAUCAAAAGAAGGAACGAGACGAAGAGGAAAGCGCUUUCGACUUUGUUACGCAGGAAAACACAAGAAGAAACAGCCUGCCACUUAUUGAAUGCUAAAUAUAGUCAAACAUUCCUUUGUAAAUACUCCUUUACCUUCUUAUAAUAUUCCCCUUACUGUAAUCAAUAUUUAAUUCUUAAUAAAUAAUAAUAUGUUAAACAUCAAA